AUGCCCUUGCGCUGGCGCAAGCGGCCACAGCGCCCCCCCGUCCCUUUUGUUGAGGAUGAAGUUGAGUCCCUAUCCAGGGAAUUGAAUGGAUCUUCCCACCGUGGAGAACUCCCUGGAAUUGAAGGUGUCAAAGCCCGAGGAACCGUCAAUCAGUACCCAAUGAUCCUGGACGUUGAGAUACUGUUUCCUUCCAAAGCCUCUUCUAAUGUCGAAGAGAAGUCAUCUUCCAGAAAUGAUUUGUCUGGAAUCAAAGCAAGCCGUCGUGCCCCCAAAGUGGAUAACCAGCAGGAUCCAAAACAGAACCCAUUGCGCCACCCGGCCGGGGAGAGCCAGUCUCAGGAACCAGGAAAACCACGCUCACGGAGCCCAACCAAACCACAGGAUGUACGACCCAGGACUCAACCACCGCAGCCGUUGCAGCCCACGCAGCAUCAGAUUCAUGUGCCUCAUACCAACACUUACGGUCCCAGCCAGAGACCUAUUUCCCGCCAGCCUGAACCCUCUCAUCGGGCUCCUGUCCGGAUGGACAUGUCUCCCCCGAAGCUAGUGCCUGAUGUGGCUUUAAAGAGUCAAAGCGUCCCAUCACGCACUACGUCAAUGCGUCAAGGGAGGGAGCAACAGUCUGGUUCACCUACUAGACCUCGCCCCGAGCCCACCCGGGACACUGCGGUGCGAGAAAAUGUGCUUCUACCAAGGCCAGUGCCACAGAUGAUACAAAAGGGUCAAAGCUUGCCAUCCCGCACACCCUCCGUGCGUCGGGAAAGGGAGCAAAAGUCUAGUUCACCUACCAGAGCUGAGGUCGUUCGGGAUACUGACGUACGGGCUGAAAGCCUUCCACCCAAGCGUAUGCCAGAUGUAGCACCCAAGGUACUUACCCUUCCAUCACGCACCCCUUCAUUGCGUCGGGAGAAGGAACAGACAGCUGGCUCGAAUGCCAGAACACACUCGGAGCAUGCGCGGGAUAUCAACGUGCGAAUCGAGACGCUUCCGCCCAGGCAGGUGUCAAAUGCAGCGCAGAAGAACUCGUCUCCUCCAUCCCGCCCCCUACCAAUACCUUCGGAGAAACAGCAAAGAGACCCGUCUACCAUCCCCAACCAGCCGGAGCCAGUUCGGGACACGGAUCCGAGAAGACCUGAGCUUUCAAAGCGAGUACCCGAUGCGACACACCGAAGCCAGUCUGUUGCCCGCCCCCCAGUACCCUCGCAGGAAGCCGGACACCGCAGGACCCGGUCGUCUACUGUUUCUUACCAGCCAGAGAUAGUUGUCCGAGAAUCUGGCGUCCGCGUGGACAAGAUCCCCGCGAGGCCACUGCCUGACCUCCCCCAGACAAGCCAAGCUCCUCAAUAUCCGCCUGUCCCUCCAAGGAGUGCGCCGCCAAAAGCUUCUCCUGCUGGUGCUUCCACAGAUCCAGUGCCGGAAGUCCCUCGAAGGAGUCAAACCGUUCCGCUUCAGUCCUUGCCCAACCCUCCAGCGCAAGGGCCGCGCACUUCCUCUACUUCCACAACAAAGCGGCAGGCCACUACCAAGUACGACCCUUCUAACAAGCCCUCACCAGUUGAGCUUCGCCCAACCUCUGAGUAUGCCUCUGACUCGGCCACUAUGCGCUUGUCCCACGGCGCUACCUCGAACGACAGUCCUCCAACUCAGGUUGACAGCAACUUGCCGCCUUCUCCGGGAUUAAGCAUCGCGGAAAGAUUGGAGGAAAAGCUGAAGAUUCGACGUGAGCAGCGCGAUUCUGCUGCUGGCCAUGAAUAUCCCUCUCCACGCAAUACCUCGAAUUCUUCAGGCUCUCGAAGCCCGGAGAAGCCGAUCGCUUCAACUCAGCCUCCUGGUGCGUGGCCUGCAGACCCGCCUUCCGAUGCCUCUUCUGGCACUACCCCGUUUCCUAGCCUUGAAGCGUCAACUGGGCAAACAAAGCCACAGGAGUCUGCACCGGCGCCUCUGAAAUCGGCACUCAGAUCCCAGUCUCUAGACCGAGAUCAGCCCGCACCUGCCCAGCCGGCUCGCCGACGGACUGUGUCUUUCGCAGAAGAGCCGCUAGAGUUCCCCUCCCAGGCUCUGGUGAAGGUUGACCACGAAACCGCGCUCACACAGGUGCAAAAGCAGGAUAUGUCUCCGGAAUUAAGCCGAUCAUCGUCACCAAAUGCUAGUCUUACUCUAGCGCCGUGUCCGAGAUCAGUGCCUGUUGCGGGUUAUCAAGACUGGCACACAAUUGACGGCUUGACUCACCUUGACAUCUGCCCAUCCUGUGUCAAGCAGAUGCGCAAAACCAUCUUUCGUGACCGCAUUAUGCUGAGCGCACCCAAGUCACGCAACGAGCCGAUCCGUUGCGCCAUGAGUGAGCCCUGGACCCGCCUAGCAUGGAUGCAGACACUCAAGAAGAAGCUGGACAAUCUCGAUCUUCUAGAUGACAUCACCGCGUCGCCUCCUGGCGGGAAAUCAUGCACUGGCCGGAUUAUCAGCGACCAGUAUUGGUACCGCAUCAUUGAUCCCGAUACCGGUGCAUAUCUGCCUCAAUUCAAUGUUUGCUCUGCGUGUGUCCGAAACAUCCGACUCCUCAUGCCAGCGCAUCGUGAGACUUUUGAGCGCUGCACCUCCUCACAGGAACGCGUAUGUGACUUUGUGGUGGACAGUCCUCGGUUCAUCCGCUACAUUGAUGCGCUGGACUUCGCAGCAAACAGGGCCGAGCAGGAGGGGAAAACGCCCGACCUAAGCGAAUUCUUGGCUUAUGCACGACGCAAGGUGGUCCUCCGGGAUUGCCGCCGGAGCCGGCUAAUCCUCAACACGUGGCACUACAUGCCGCAGCUUCCGGAGUUCACUGUAUGCGAGGACUGCUACGACGACAUUGUUUGGCCUCUCUGCAAGGCACGGCACCCAAUAGCACGCGAGUUCUCAACGGUUCCACGCCUGCUGCCGGGUGACAAAUCAAGCAGCCGUGAGGCCAGCUGCCAGUUGUACUCGCCGCGUAUUCGGGCAAAGUUCAACGAUGCAGUGCGACGUGACGACCUGCAGUUCAUCAAGUGGAUGGCUCUGACACGGUUCGAUGCUGAGCAGCGGUUCCGCGACCGUCAGGACGAGCUGCUGGAAGAUCAGGACAGGGGCUACGACAGGUCUGGUGACCUGCGGAAGAACCUGGAGGACUGGAAACGAUACGAGUGA